AUGGCUGAAACAUUAAACAUAUCGAAUGCGCUAAAGAUCCUAAUAUUGCUAAACGUCGGUGUCCUUACCGCCCUUUAUUUUAUUUAUGUUAACCUGAAAAGGCGUGUUUUAAUUCGCUCAUUUAGGAAACGAAAGGAUUUUCUUGAUACCAUCGAUUCUAACAAAAUCAAAAACCCUUUACUACUCGGAUUCUUUCAUCCAUACUGUAAUGCAGGUGGUGGUGGCGAACGGGUACUUUGGACAACCAUACGGAUCAUCCAAGAAAAAUAUCCCCAUGUCAUAUGUGUCGUGUAUACCGGAGAUAGUCAAGUUACGAAAGAAGAUAUGCUAAAUCGGGCUGAGACGCGAUUUAGCAUUAAACUUAAUUCGGACACUAUCAAAUUCGUAUUCUUGAAUAAACGUCAUUGGGUGGAGGACAAAAGGUAUGAUUUGUAUUUUGCGCUGAACAGUUCCUCGAAUGAUUCUGAUGCUCUGUGUAGGUAUCCUCGUUUUACUUUACUGGGACAAAGUAUCGGCUCGAUAAUUCUUGGGUACGAAGCUCUUGACAAAUUGAAACCGGACAUAUUCUUCGACACAAUGGGCUAUGCAUUUACAUACCCCCUCGCGAAAAAGAUCUUUGGAUGUACAGUUGCUGCAUACGUGCAUUACCCCACCAUCAGUUCAGAUAUGCUCAAGAGAGUACAUGAAAGACGCCCUGGAUACAACAAUCAGGGAUUUAUCGCUCAAAGUAUUAUCUUUAGCAGUGCCAAGAUAAUAUACUAUCGAAUGUUUGCUUGGUUAUACUCUUUAGCCGGCUCAUACGCUGAGAUAAUAAUGGUAAAUUCUACUUGGACCAAAGGGCACAUUGACACACUAUGGGGUGUAGAAAGCAAAAUAGUGUAUCCCCCGUGCGACACAUCAGAACUAUCAAAGAUUCCAUUGAACGGGAGAUCAAGAGUAAUAGUUAGUGUUGCUCAAUUUAGGCCAGAAAAAGAUCAUCAACUUCAAAUUCAAGCGUUAAGCAAACUGUUGAUAAAUCACCCCGAAUUACGGGAUGGUCCAGAGAAAAUAAAAUUGGUAUUAAUAGGCAGUUGCCGUAACGAAGAAGAUCAGAGUCGAAUAGAUCAGUUAAGAAAAUUAUGCGAACAGUUGGAUAUUGUGAGUAAUACAGAAUUCGCAAUCAAUGCAAGUUUCCCUGUUCUUGUUAGUUGGUUGUCAAAAGCAAAGAUAGGACUGCAUACAAUGUGGAAUGAACAUUUUGGAAUUGGUGUUGUCGAAUAUAUGGCAUCCGGAGUUAUUCCUGUGGCUCAUGAUUCUGGAGGACCUAAGAUGGAUAUUGUUAUCCCAUAUAAUAACCAAAUGACAGGCUUUCUCGCAAACGACAUAGAUUCAUUUUCAAGUGAACUAUAUAAAGCAUUAACAAUGUCUGAAGAGGAUUUUCGGGAAAUUCAAGAAAAUGCGCGAGAGCACGCCAAAUCACAUUUUUCUGAAUUCGUAUUUCAGGAUUCAGUUCUGAAAUUGUUGGACCCUAUACUGAAUGAAGAAAAUGGUCAUGAACAUGCAAAAGAAUUAGGUAACGCGGUACCGAAACAACCCUUCUUUUUCCUUAAACCGACUACUUCGUAUUUAACACAAGGUGGCAGCAUCGAGAUACCUAAAGGUGCUACUGUUCAUCAUGAAGUCGAGUUAGGGGUAAUAAUCGGAAAACCCGGUCGUGAUAUUAGAUACGAAAAUGCGUUUAAUUAUAUUGUUGGAUACGUACUUGGAAUAGAUAUGACGGCUCGAAACAUACAGGAUGAAGCAAAAAAAAAGGGGCUUCCAUGGUGUGCAGCGAAAGGAUUUGACACAUUUACUCCAGUUGGUGAAUUUAUUCCAAAAGACAAAAUUGCUAAUCCAGCCGAUGUACAUUUAUGGCUAAAGGUCAAUGAUAUUAUGAAACAAAGUGGUAACACGAAGAACAUGAUAUUUGAUAUCCCAUCAUUACUCGAGCAUAUUAGCUCAAUUAUGAAACUCGAGGAGGGUGAUCUGGUUCUGACAGGAACACCCUCGGGAGUUGGGCCGGUUAAUGCUGGUGAUAUUGUUACAGCAGGAUUGAAAGUUGGUCAUAAAAAUUUGUCAACGGUUGAGUUUCCGGUCAUCACAAGAAGAGGUGGAUAUCAUGGGUCGGUUCAAAUUAAAGAGGGACGAAUUAAAGAGAGUUGA